GGUCGAAUAUGUUGUUUCGAUUGUUGUAGAAACUCGGCAACAAAGACGUCUCUUGUAUCAAGAACGCUGUAAAUUGUGUUCUUGUAUUUUGUCAUAUAACGUAUUCAAGCAGUUUCAGUUUGGUACAACUAACAUUUUGAAGAAAUGUCACUUCAGAAAAGUAAUAAGAAAACUUUCAAGUCUCCAUUUAAUAAUUCACUAAAGCAUGGUGCAAGUGUUCCAGAAAGAACGAUUUCAUUUCAAGAACAUGAAGCCAGGACACAAUGCCAGGUUAUGGCAAAAGAUCCUCCUCUGAUAGGAAAAAAGAAGCCAAACAUCAAGAAGAAUGAAACAAAUGAUUCCAUAACACUCAAAAAGAAUUUUAAGAAGGAUGAAAACAAAGGAGAAACAAAGGCACUCUCCAUGACAUCUCUUACUGACACUGAAUAUAAUGAAAUCUUUUCAUCAGCUAUUAACAGAGCCUUAACAGGAGGCAUUCCUUCUCCAACCAUGAAAAAUAACACAGGAAAUAGUGAUGAUGAGGAUGAAAUUGAGAAUAGAGCAGCUGUUCCUGAACCAAAUGAAGCACAGUCACCUCAAGAAGUUGCUGAAAGACCAAUGAAAUAUUUUAGAACAGAAGUUCAAGAAAAGGAAGCUUUUGCAAGAGAAGGAAAAGCAGCACAACCUAUUAAAUCCAAUACCUAUGUGUGUGAAAUUACACCUACAAAAGAUUCAUUUCAGUCCAAGAAAACAAAUUUUGAAGAUACACAAGGAGUAACUAAGAAGAAGAAAGCUAAGAAACUAAACCUAUCAUUCCUGUCAGUCCUUCCCAAGAAUCUGGUACAAGGCCAGAUGGAUGAAAGUAAUCAAGAACACUACAGAAAACAUACAAAUACAGAUCAGAAUCACAAGACUGCCUGUGAAGAUACUGAGAGUGUUCCUAAGGUGAAGAAAAUGCAAGUGAACCAGGUUCCAAAACCUCAAGAUAAUUUCUCCUUGCAGAAGUCAACUCUUAAAAAACACAAAGUUACUGGCAUGAAAGACUCAUCCCAGUUAAGUCAGCCCAUUUCAUUACAGAAUCAAAGUGACAGCCACUCAAAACACAGUACCCUGUGUAGUCAUCAUUCUCAAGAGUGUGGCCAUGUUUAUAAAAGGAAACAUACCCAUGAUUGUGGUAACUUUACACAACAAAGUAAUAUGCAUCAGGAUUCCAUUAUUCCAAAGUCUUGUUCUCAGACUCAAUGUUCUCAGGCUAUUCUGAGUCAGCCAGGACCAGAGCUGUCACUGAGAGAAAGAUUGUUAUGGCUUCAGAAACGGCGUAAUGUGGGAUUAUGGGUACAGUGUUCCCGUCCAAUUUGUAAAAAAUGGCGAUUCUUACAAGACAUUCGUGAUCCUGUUGAUGUCCCUCAAGAAUGGUUCUGUCACAUGAAUUCAGACAAGAAGUACAAUAGCUGUGCUGUUCCUGAGAAGCCCCCAGCACCAUUAGAAGAAGAAGAUUUAAUUCACAAUAUCUACACAGCUGGCUCAAUUGUAUGGGGACGCCUUGCUGGUUUCCCCUGGUGGCCAGCAAUGGUCGAUGAUGACCCUGACGUUGAGCAAUACUAUUGGCUCAACAGCUUCUCAGAUAUUCCUACACAUUACAAUGUUGUGUUCUUUGAUGAAAAAGAUGUGACUCGUGCUUGGCUCACACCUGGUUCAAUGAGACCUUUUACAGGUCAUGAAAACUCUAAGGAAUUAAGGAAAACCACUGCACAAGGGAGAGAUUAUUCUAAAAGACUCCAAGUUUCCAAACUGCAAGCACAGAAAGCCCUGCCUAUGGAUGUUGGUGAACGACUUAGGAUUUUUGGUUUCCUUGCUCGCUACAAGGGACCUAUUGGAUCAAUCAAAAAGAAGAAACAGCAAGGUGGAAGGAAACCUGUUGAAUAUGAAGAAACAUUUCCUCAGAAAAGUGAUGAAGAUGAAGCACUGGUUAUUCACAGAGACUUGAAAGAAGAAAAGAAUAAACAAAAGCCUAAAAGGAAGAGAUCAAAAAAAUACAAUAUUUUAGAGCCUGCUGUAAAGAAAACAAAGGUGCAGGCAGCUGAUAAUGAAGAAAAGAAGGGAACAUCUGAAGCCAUAAAUAAAAUUUCUAAAACUAACAGCAAUGACGUUCAAGAAAACAAUGCUUCAAAGAGACCAAAUCAGACUAUCUUCAGUAGUUCAUUGUAUACUCAGGAACUAAGCAACAGAGAGACAGAGAAUUCAAAAGACAAACACUAUACUGACACAAAGACACUCAAAUUUGAUUCAAACUCUGAAGAAAGUCUGAAAGAAAGUGCAAAACAAGCAGAAGCUGCUUCAUCAAGAACAAAAUCUGUAAACUUGUUUUUAUCAAAACGUAAGCAGCCUAGUACUAGUACAAGUAAUGAAGGGAAGAAGGCAACAGAUGAAGUGCAAAUGCUCUCAGAUGACGAGAGUGAGACACCUUUCAGUGUUGCAUCUAAGCAAGGUGAAGAUAUAAUGAAUUUCUCACAGGAUUUGUUUUUAUCUCAGAAUGUAACUACUGAACAAAAUACAUUACAGAAAAAGAAUGCAGACACCAAUAAUGGUACUACGACUGUUAUAGGAUCAACACAGUUAGUUCUGCAGCCUGACACAAACAACCAAAGCACAACAAAUAGUGCUCCUAUAGGCUCACGUCUGAAAUGUUCAGACAGUGUACCGCUUGUCCCUAACAUCCAGUUCAAUACAGUCCAUACAGAAACAAAUUGCUUAGAUCAUCAGAAUGGUGAUGCAGUUGUACCACAACUAAGUUCUGAAGAUUAUGAGUCAGUUGGUUUUGAGCCAGAGGAGUAAUUUUGCACCUUUAAGGGAGUCUGAGAUUUUAAGUUGCCAUAUUGACAGCUCCUGUGGAAAUUCUCAUAAUAUGAGAUUAUAUUUUAUUUGUACUUCAGGAUAGUGUAUUUUGUAACUCCUUGAAUUAAAUCAGUCUUAUUAGGACUAAGUUAGUAUUCAGUAAAGUAUUCAAAGAUUAUUCUUAACCUAGCAGUUUUAGUUUACAAAAGUAAUUUCUGGCCAUGGCAUAGCCAUCUGAUGAAAUUGCCAUAUACCACAGGCUUUAUAAGUGCAUUUCUUAUUUGUGUUACAAUGUAAGUGUUCAAUGUGAAAUAAUGAUUACAAUUAUUCACUAAUUUUUCAGUAAUAACUUAAAUACAAAGUUUUGUUUGUUUAACAAUAUGUGUUGUAGAUUUCAAGCUGAAUAUGAAGCCAUGAGUUAAGUCAUUUUCCUGUUUUUGUUAUCAAAGGACACUAUAACAAUUAUAAAAUAUAUGUUUUAUAUUUACAGAUUAAUAUCAGUUAAUGUUUGCAAUGUUGUUUUUCAAAAGUUGUAUUUUCUUUAAUGAACUGGUGUGUAUGAAAUUGUCAUCAUAUUCAGUACAAAACAUUCAAUACAUGUUUUAAAAUAAUCUUUCAAUAUACAUUUAAAUACAAAGUUUUGUUAAUUUAACAAUAAAUUCUAUAUAUUUCAAGCAGAAUAUGAAGGAAUGUGUUGGUCCUACACUGUUGUUAUAAUCAAAGGACCCUAUAUCAAUUACAAAAAAUGUAUUUAUAUAUUUACAGAUUAAUAUCUUUUCAUGUCUGCAGUGUUGUUUUGCAGAAGUUGUAUGUUCUUCAAUUAACCAGUUCAUAUAAAAGUGUCAUAUCUCAUCUCAUAUUGUUUCUAAAUAUAUCCAAAUAACAUUAUGAGUAUGGAUUGUAUGCAGUUAUUAAUUUGUAAUAAAGAAAUUAGUGUUUCUGUAA